AUGGCUCUCGACAUUGCAGUUGGGCCGAUCACGAGCGUCGGAGACCUCCUGGUGGACGGCUUCGGGCUACUAUCGCCAAUCUCGCCCGUCAGCAUCGGCUGCCGUAGCAGCCUGAAGGCGCUAGUGUCCCCGGUGGGCAGUGAAUCUAGUGGCGUUAGCUCGCUGGAUUUGGAAGAUAUAAAGAAACAAAUACCAUCAUCGCCAACCCUUUCGGAGGAAAAUGAGGAGGGCGCGACCGAUUCAGCCUCGGGCGGCGGCUCCUCAUCGGAAUCAUCAUCGGCUGCAUCGACCAUAUCGACGACCUCAACCAGAACCACCUCCUCAUCAUCGUCUUUGGACGACGACGUAGGCCAUUCGGCGGUGGAUAACAGCGACAAGCAACAGCAACUAUCUCGUGACAGCGCACUACCGUCCUCUGCUUCGUCGUCGCCGACAGCGAUCGUAAACGAACUGGAACGAGCCCGCAGCCCUUCGGCGGCGUGUCUCUCGAAUCUGGGCACGAAAACUGUAAAGGAAGCCACGUCGGCAGCCAAGGAAACCAUCUUCAGCUUGCCACGUCACACGAUUUACUACGGCAACCGUGAUAUUCUCGAUCUGGCCUCUAAUCUACGAUCGCCGACCAGUGGCAGCGGCUUCGGGUUGCAAUACGCCGAGCUCCCCCACGCCAACAACCUUCAAUUCUUCCUGGAGAAUCGCUCUCAGUACAAUAGAUUGGCAACGAACGGUUACAUCCCAGAGUAUCGAAUGGAAAGCUGCGAGUGUUGUUCUUUCAAGUUCCCAGUCAACGCAGGCACCGAUCUGCCGAAGAGCUCCUCUUCUGCGGCACCCGCUGCUCCCGUAGGUACCAAUCUGAUGGCAAAGUUGGGCUCCGAGAAUCAAUUUGUCGGUUCGAUACAACAACAGCGCCUGAGGGCCCAUCAGCAGUUGCAGCCACAGGCUCCUCCUGCUUUCCAUGCCAACAAUCGUUUCACCAACAACAACAACACCGGAAUGGGUCGCGAUCGUGGCACCGAGUACAACAUGUACCAACAUGGCACAAUGGCAGCUCAUGGCAACAAUGUCAACGGCGCAGGGCUGUCCUCUCGCUUCAAUAGCGGUGGCUACGGUGCAGCAGCUUCCGGAUCGUCCUUGUCGGGCUACUACGGUAACGGAACCAACGGUCAACAAAACAGCGGCAACGUCGGUGGCGGUCCUAUGGGGAUGCAGCAGCAUUAUGGUAGUGUGAGUGGUGUCGGCAACCUUAAAGGAAUCUCUCCCUCGUCCAAUUCGUCCCUGCGUCAGCAGUACGAUCUGCUGCAGCAACAGAAACAGUACGGCGGCAACAACUAUUCAAUGGUCGGAAACAAUAGUGCCAACAAUAAUCCGGCUGUUGUGGCGGCAGCAGCUCGUCUCCAGCAACAUCAACAGCAGCAACAAUCCUACUACAAGAAGAACCAAUCCAUGCGCUUCGGAAACGCCGGUUCCUCAUCUGCGCUCGCGUCGAACAGUGGCGCCGCUUCGAACUGGAAGAACUCAAUGGCUAACAGUGGCCCGGUUCCGGAUGCCACGAGCAUGGCUUCUAAACUGUUCAUGGAGCUAAACAACAUGCAGCAGCAGCAGCAAUACUACGCAAACUUCCUGUAA